GGCUUCAUUGUGCAUUAAGAUGAUCGAUAUCUGUAAGUCAACCGUCGAUGGUGCUCGAGUUGGGGAGGACGUCGAGGCGACAUGGGUAGUGAAAUACCAUUUUUACUUGAGGAUUAAUCCAAAGUAAUCACGAGUUUUUUCAUUGAAACAGACGCCAAGCAGUGCGGGAGAGAGCUGCGAGCAGUUUGUGUUACUCGAAGGAGUCAAAACAUUUUGCGAGAGAUUUGUCCACAUACACUUCCUCGUCCUACAAGCCUACCAAGGUAAGUGGACCACACUGUACUGGACUUCUCGAGGUUUCUGCUGUUAUAACCAUCUCUUCUUAAUAUUGUCUUCUUCCUCUUCUUUCUCCCACAAGAUUAAUGCAUUGUCAAUCACGGAUACUGCGGCUCGUCAUCAUUCAAUCAACAAUGAUUGAGAUGGGGUUUUAUCCACACAGACAAUCGAAAGUGGAUGGUAGAACACUUCCUGAUACAAAUCAAAAUGUAUCAUAUACCCGCGAAUUACAAGAUAUCAUUUACGGAUGAUCCAACUCUUCAAAGACAAUAUGAAUCGGACUUUUCAAUCAAAUCCAAUCACAAUGCAGAUCGAUCUACCACUAACGCGAUACUCUUGCUGCAUUGGGUUCCGAUGUAAGUAAACAAUUGUUGAAGAUCUGUUAGUUCCAGAGACUUGGUUUUUCCUCCACAAUAACUUUGAAUUGUAUAAGAGACUCUCGUCGCCGAGCUUUUAGGACUCUUCAAGUUUUUAAUCUUAAUUUCAUUCCCUCUUUGUAUCAAUCAUCAUCUCGACGAAGUAUGGGGGAAAAUGUUCAAAAUUCCCCUCCGCUAGGUCCAUCUGACCCCGUAAUUAUAAUUGGAGCAGGGUGUACAGGCCUUGCCAUAGCACAAGGACUUAAUAAAGCAGGAAUUCGAACAAUUAUUUUUGAAAAAAAUGCUGGAAUAUCAAUUCAUGGUCAACGGGAUUGGAACAUGGGAUUUCAUUGGGGAAUGAAUGCCUUGAAGACCUUGAUACCCGAAUCUGCCCUUUCCGAACUACAAUCUUGUCAAGUCGAUCCACAUACACCUACGAAGCCCCUUGACACCCUUUCAUUUCUCAAUGGCUCAACAGGAGAUGUUAUGUUUGCUCCAGAGAUUCCAUAUUUCCACAGACUACGACGAUCCAAACUUCGCGCACUGUUCACCAAAGAUCUCGAUAUCCGAUGGAACAAACGAUUGAAGGAUAUAAUAUUUGCCGAUGAUGGAAAAAGUACAACUUGUGUCUUUGAUGAUGGUCAACAUAUAACUGGCAGAUUGGUAAUUGGGACGGACGGUGCAAGAUCAACAGUUCGAAGACUACUUCUUGGGCCCGAACAAUCGUUGAAUACACGACUUCCAUAUGCGGCUUCCUUUGUGCAAGCAAAAUAUACUCGAGAGCAAGCGCUUCACCUUCGCUCAUUUCAUCCACUCUUUCUGGCUGCACCUCAUCCUGAUGAUCUGUUUGCAUUCUUUGGUUUGCAAGAUGCUCCAGAUUCAGAAAAGCCAGAAAGCUGGACGUUCUUCUUUUUUAUUUCAUGGAAUUCAACUAUUGAAACUCAGGAUGCAGAAUCCAAGAUAUUUGAUAAUGCGGCGAGGUUGAAACAAGUUCGGGAGAUGGCAAAGGGGUAUGCGGAGCCUUGGAAAAGUGCAUUUGAAUGGUUACCCGAAGAUCAACCAGUUUGGUACUUUGGACUCACUGUGUGGGACCCGAGAGAAGAAGCUCAUCGAUGGGAUAAUCGAAAUGGAAGAGUGACAUUGGCUGGUGACUCUGCUCAUCCAAUGACUUAUCAACGUGGUCAAGGUCUCAAUCAUUCCAUCACUGAUGCUGGAAAUCUUGUCGAAUUGCUCAAAACAGACGCUUCUCAAAGCUCUGCCAUUGCCAAGUACGAAGAAGAGAUGGUUGCUAGAGCUGGCGAAGAGGUACAUCUCAGUGUUGUCAAUACAACAAUGUUACACGACUGGUCAAAGGUUUUGGAAAGUCCAGUAUUCAAAAAAGCUUUGACAAAGCAAUCUUGAUCAUUCUGUUUAGUCCUUUCGACAAGAUACAGAGAGAUGUUGCAUGCUACUGGUAUGGGAAAGAACGGAUUUGGGAUUUGAUUACCAACGAUCAUCACCAAUGUGAUGAUUAAUUUUCAACAAAAGAACUUUAGAAUUCUAGAAUGUAGACUACGAUUUUAAUCCAAAUCAGUUUCAUACUUAUUCCAAAUAUCCAAGGUUUCUGAUUUCA